AUGGAGAUGAUGGUGUUGACAGCUGGCUGCUUCGUCGUCCACAGCCUCGAAGCUGAAGGCAACGGCCCCAAAGCAGUCUUGGCAGUCACGAAACAGCAGACGCGCCGCACCGCUACGCACCGCACAAUAAUAGAGCGCGAAAAUGCCUACGAUGUAAAGGGGUCGCAAAAGUUGCCAUCAAGACUUCAUAACACACCAAACAUUUCACCUUCACACCUUCAUCCCGUCACAAAACAACUCUCUUUCGCUUCCGCUAAGAACAAUCACUGCCGCAAACACCUCAUCGUAUCUAUAAAACGAAGCAUUUAUUCAUCGCUAUUCACACCAUGUCUGAGCAUAAUCAAAACUGUGUUUAGUAGGAUGAGAAGCUAUCCGAAGGGUCCUCGUAUCGGCCCCAACCCUGACUCGACCUGGCCCUAA